AUGUCACAACAGAGUCCCUAUACGUCAAUGCAUGGCAGUGCUACCCCACAAGCUGGAACAAGUCAAAAUAUGAGUAAUGCUAAAUUGAUCAAUGGCGCCAAUGUUAAUAAUCUCAAUUAUAAAAAUGGAACUAGUAGUGUAGCCCGUGAUGACUCCACUAUUGUCGGUUUGCAUUAUGGUAUUGGGAAAAAGAUUGGAGAAGGUUCCUUUGGUGUAUUAUUUGAAGGGGUUGACAUGGUUAAUGGUACACCUGUUGCUAUUAAGUUCGAACCAAGAAAAACAGAAGCACCACAAUUGAAAGAUGAAUAUCGUGCUUAUAAGAUUCUUUCUGGUACGCCGCAUGUACCUCGUGCUUAUUAUUUUGGUCAAGAAGGGUUAUAUAAUAUUCUUAUUAUUGAUUUAUUAGGUCCUUCUUUGGAAGAUUUAUUUGAAUGGUGCAAUCGCAAGUUUUCUGUUAAGACUGUGGUUCAAAUCGCUGUUCAAAUGAUUACAUUAAUUGAAGAUCUUCAUGCUCAUGAUUUAAUAUAUAGAGAUAUUAAACCUGAUAAUUUUUUAAUUGGAAGGCCAGGUGCAUCUGAUGAAAAUCAAAUUCAUUUGAUUGAUUUUGGUAUGGCAAAACAAUAUAGAGACCCGAAGACUAAACAACAUAUCCCAUAUCGUGAAAAGAAAUCUUUAAGUGGUACGGCUAGAUACAUGUCAAUUAAUACACAUCUUGGUAGAGAACAAUCAAGAAGAGAUGAUAUGGAAGCUUUAGGCCAUGUGUUUUUCUAUUUCUUACGUGGUUCUUUGCCAUGGCAAGGUUUAAAAGCACCAAACAAUAAAUUAAAAUACGAAAAGAUUGGUGAAAAGAAGAGAACUACAAACUAUUAUGAUUUAGCACAAGGCUAUCCAAUUCAAUUUGGUCGUUAUUUGGAAAUUGUACGUAAUUUGGCCUUUGAAGAAACACCAGAUUAUGAAGGUUAUAGAUUAUUAUUGUUAAGUUCUUUAGAAGAUAUGAAUCUAACUGUUGAUGGACAAUAUGAUUGGAUGAAGCUAAAUGGUGGACGUGGUUGGGAUCUUUCGAUUAAUAAAAAACCUAAUUUACAUGGUUAUGGUCAUCCAGCCCCACCAAAUGAUAAGAACGCCAAGCGUAGAAGUAGAAAUACACAGCAGCAACAACAAUCACAACCACAUCAUAGUCCUCCACAACAACAGCAACAACCUACUUCUUCUUCGCCUCAAUUAGAUCCGAAUUCUUAUGAAGCAUUCAAGAUACAAACUCAACAAAAGAUUGUUCAGAAACAACAGCAACAACAACGUCAUCAGCAGCAGCAACAACAGCAGCAGCAACAGCAGCAGCAACAGCAAGGUUAUGGUCGCCAAUCACAACCAGUAAUGAACAACAGUAAUAAUAUUAUCAAUCAACAAGCUCCUCCGCAACAACAAAACUACGAUAGUGAUUCGUUGUCUAAGGCAUCAAAGGGAGGAUUCUGUGCAAAAUUUGCAUGUUGCUGA